GGCGGGAAGCGAAAGGGCCGCGGAGCCGGGCGGGGGAAGUUGCGAGAGCGGCGCGGCCAUGGCCACGGCGCCCGUGGGCCUCGACCCUGACCCCGGUUCCAGCCCCAGCCCCAGCCCCAGCCCCGCCGCGUCGCCGCCGGACCUCCACGCCAUGCCCAUGGUGGCGCUGAACUACAGCCUGCGGCGCCGCCUCAGCCUCUACCUCAACCCGCGGGCGGCGGCGGCCGCCGACUGGACGACGCUGGCGGAGGCGCUGGGCUGCGAGUACCUGGAGAUCCGGCGGCUGGAGGCGCAGCCCGACCCCACCGCCGCGCUGCUGGAGGACUGGCAGGGCCGCUGCCCCGGCGGCGCCACCGUCGGCCGCCUCCUCGACCUCCUGCGCCGCCUCGGCCGCGACGACGUCCUCCUCGACCUGGCCGGCAGCGUGGAGGAGGACUGUAGGAAGUACUUACAGAAGAAGCAGGAGGAGGCUGACCAGCCACUUCAAGUGCCGGCAGUAGAUAGCAGUGUGCCAAGGACGUCAGAGCUGAUGGGCAUCACCACCAGGGACGAUCCCUACGGGAACAGAACAGAGAUGUUUGAUGCCUUCAUCUGCUACUGUCAGAAAGACCUUCAGUUUGUCCAGGAGAUGAUCAGGGAACUGGAACAAACGGAGUUCAAACUGAAGCUCUGUGUGUUUGAUCGGGAUGUCUUGCCAGGGACGUGUGUGUGGUCCAUCAGUGGAGAACUUAUAGAAAGGAGGUGUCGGAGGAUGGUGGUCGUCAUUUCAGAUGAUUACCUGGAAAGCGAUGAAUGUGAUUUUCAGACCAAAUUUGCUCUUAGUCUUUCCCCAGGUGCUCGUCUCAAACGGCUGAUUCCAGUCAAGUGUAAAACCAUGAAGAACGAGUUCCCAAGUAUCUUACGGUUCAUUACCAUUUGUGAUUACACCAAUCCUUGCACCAAAAAGUGGUUCUGGACGAGACUGGCAAAAUCCCUCAUGCUGCCAUGAUGCAAAGUCACAAGAGCAAGGUGUUCUUCUGCACUCUAUCCUGGCUGUGCCUUCGGGCCGCGAUGUCCUUCAUGCAGGGUCUUGAACCACUUCAGAGGCUGGAUUCUUGCAGUCAGUGUUUGGAGCCUGCGACCGGGAGCAAAUAAUUUUCUCUUGCACUUCUUCAUAACUCGGAGGGGGAAAUAAAGCAACUGUGUGGCUGUUCCUGCUCAAGUCAGUGAGCAUCCAGCAUUUCGUGUAGCAAGCACUUUCACUGAAAAUACAGAAAAUAGAUGUUUGAAGACUGUCUAAUACAAGAAGGCUCUAUUGUGAACAUUUAACAAGCCCUCAGAGCCUCAAACAGCAGGCUUUCUUAAACAAGUAUUUCUUAUUAUUUUAAAAGCUGUUUAAUGGCUAUAGUAAUGUUUAAGUUUUGAAAUUCCAUGAAAUCCCGCGGCUGCCUGGUGAUCUGCAGGAACUGAGCUGUCAGACUUAGUUUCUUGCUCUGUGAAUGGCCAGUGCCACGAGAAUGGCUGGUUUCAGCAGGGAGGCCCAGCCUGCCCCGCUGCUGGGCAGCACCGGGGGAACCCCUCUAUAGGCAGUCCCUGGCUUACGCUGGGUCUAAGGGUAGACAGUGUCCUUCAGUCCUUGUUUGGGCAAAAGCAGAAGUGUAUUUUAAUUGUUAAAGAAAUGAAUGGUUCUCCCAUUAUGCUUCGCAAUAUCUGCAAAAUUAGAGCAAUUAUCUGUGUAAUUAUAACUGAUGCAGAAUUACUGAACUUGGUUUAUUUUCUGUGGAGGUCUUCCUCCUCGAGUUAUAUCACAGUAUUCCUGUCUUGUGUUCAUUUACGGGGUAAAUCCCUUGUCACUAGUAUUUUCUGAGGCAGUCCCUCAAGUUUGCUCUAAGUAGUUGUUGAAAGCAAGAAGGACACACUGUUGUACCGUGUUGGUUUUGUCUGUCUCUGCUCAGGUCACAUUUGAUUAAGUGACCUUAUACCAACAUUUUACAUUCCCAGAUCUUAUGAAAUGUUUACAAUAGAGCCUUCCUUUAGUAGAGAUUCAUAAAACAUACAUAUUUUCUGUGAAAGUCCUUCUGGCACAAAGUGCAGGCUGCUGUUGCUGCAGGAACGGGGUUAGGCACCUAUGUGGGUCCAAAUCUUAAAUUACUUCACCUUUAAGAGCCUUCCAAAACACAUCAGCUGUUGAGAUGCCUCAAAGGUACAGGGAUAAAUAUUGAAUAAAGAGUGUAUUAAAUUGUUAAUUAGGCUGCUUAAAAUAUAAAGGCUAAUGUUACGCUAAUAGCAAAGAGCAUAUUUUAAUGAACCACCACAAUAAUUACAGUAUUUCUGUGACUAAGGCUCAGAGCAGCACUGAUGUUGCUCUGCUUGUUAGACUUGAAUCCUGCAGGGUGACCAGUGGGUCUCAUCAGUUCUCAGUGCCAAGGGCUCUGGGGCAAGGGUUCUGCCCAAAGUAGCAUUUUAAAGUGACCCCUUGGUGUAUUAAAUAGAUUUACAGCAAAUAUCUACUUUCUAAAUUGGGAAGAAAGGAAUCUUGCUUAUGUAUCUGCAGCUGCUUGAACUCUGCCCCUUUGCUCAUUACUUCAUCUACUGACUCAUGUUGAUUUUACAGCUUAAUGUUUUACUAGUUUACAUUUUUAAGGUUGCGUCUGGAUGUGAUUUGGUUGGGGUUUUUUUUAAAGGAUUUGUUGUAAAGCAUUACCAGGGCUGAGGUACAGACAGGAAUGUGUGCUCCUGCCUCUCCCUCACCCAUCUUGUUGAUGAAUGGUGGUGCUGCAAAGUCCUGACAGCAGCCAGCCCUUGACCUGAACACGGUGGAGCUUGUUCACACACAUCAUGUUAGCGCCAGGGCUCAUUUCUGGACGGGCCCACGAGCUGGGUGUUAUUCAGACCCUCCUACAAACAUAACUGCUGCCGUUGUGCCAAGGUGACGUUUGCACUUUUCUGUCUUGCUAGAACAAGUGAGAAGUCUGUGGGCAUGGAAGGAGAAAAGUUAAGCUGAUGAGGGGUUUCUAAAUAGUUGGGUUUCAUCUCCUAUUGCCCUCAGGCCUCUCCUGCAGCAGUGGAGGCAGCUGCUUGCCUCAGGGUUUCUGCAUAAUCGGUAAAAGUUAAUUGCAGAAGAGUUUCUGGAGGCUGCUUGAUCCCCAGGCGCGCUCCUGGGGCUCACUGAAUUCUCAUACUCUGGAGUGUCUGUAAACAUUAAUUAUGGGUCAUUACUCGCAGGACCAAACCAGAUUCCUCUUGUUCCGAGAGCUGAAAGGAGUCUGGUAACUAGUUCGGGGAGAGCAGAGGCUCAGGAGGCUGCGCUGCAGACGCUAGAGGGAGGCAAUGGCCCGUGCUUGACACCCUGCGAGGCUCCUGCCAGCUGACAAAGAGGAGUGAUUUGGUUGGGGAGGAGCAGACAUUUCUGUCUGUACCUCAGCCCUGGUAAUGCUUUACAACAAAUCCUUUAAAAAAAACCCCAACCAAAUCACAUGGGGUUUCUUCCCCUUCACUCUCAGAAGGAGGCCGUACCAAAAAUAGUGAGUUUUGGCAGAUUGAACCUCGUGCAGUGUCUUCUGCGUGAGUCCUGACGAGUGGUUUGGGACUUGGGAUGUUGAGAAUGAGGAAAAAGUAACUGCAGCAAAAAUAAUCAUGUUUGUGAUAGAUGAUCUGGUGAUCACUGGACAGGGAAAGGGCUGCUUCUGGUCAGGAAAGCAGAAACCAGAGCUGAAUUCCUGAAUCUUCUGGCUUCCAAUAGGUAAAUGCAAUAUUCCAGUUAACGGUGAAAGAUGUCAGUGCUUCGGUGGGCUCUCUGUGCCCUGGCCCCCUUGUCUGCCUGGCUCAGUGCUGGGCAAGUGUUACUGCUGUCGGACUCUUGCUUUAUUGCGAGCUUGUCCUGGAGGCUAAAUUAAUUACUUGGGGUAAUAAAAAGUGAGGUAACAGCCCUAAACCAUUAAAUAUGUGCCUUAAAUAUGUAUUCUCUUCUAUGUAAAAAAACAGGGUUUAUGCACUUCUGACAUUUUGAUGUCUGUCUGGUCAUGGUGACUUGAUGAAGGGUGACACCUAUGAGUGGUAUAAAAUCUAGUUGCUGUAAACACAUUUCAGGAGCAGCUGGGAUUCUCCCCUCUUUCACACUCAGUGGAAGGUAAAAAAUUUGAACACCUUUAAGAAAGGAACUUAUAUAAUUGUGAUGUUGCAUUUUUUUAUCCCGUUUUGUUUCCUUCCCUCACUGAAAUUGUCCUAGUUGAAUCUUUUAGUACCAAAUCAUAUAUUUUUAUAUAGAUACAUAUAUAUUUAUAUCAUUUCUGAUCUGAUACGAAUCUGUGGAGAAGCAUAUGUGUUGUGCAGCCAUUCUGCAAAGAGUCAACCAUUCUGUGGGGUUUUUUUCCCUCAAAACCCCAAACUUUUGCUACUUGUGAAAACUUUUAAAAUAAAGAAUUAAAACCCAGCAGGCCAUCAGAGAAGAAAUACUGGGUCUCAAAA